AAAUUCCGAUGGUAAUAUUUUGUCUGAAUCUUAUUAUGAAAAAGCAGAGUCAAAUCUGUUACACCUUUAAAUAUUUUGUUAUUAUAAAAUUUUGACAAACAAUGUUGCUAGAAUUUGUCGAGGCUGAUGCACGGUGCAUAUCCAUAGCGGUACCCUCUUUGCGCAAUAUAUUAAAGCGGUACUCUCUGUCAUUCUCAGCUGAAAACAUGUAGGCGACAUACACCAAUCUAGUAAUUUAUUAUUCUGCUGAUAAAAGGUGAUAUGUCGAUUUAAAAAGUAAACUACGGAACACUAGAAUGUUUGAACUAUAUCUUUUUAAGGAAUCUGUACAUUUUGCAAUUACUGCAACUCCAGAGUACGCUACACAAAAUCGCCAUGUUUCGCCACACCCACCACCUCGGCAUGUUUUAAGGGCCAAACAAAACCAAUGAUUUGAUUAUAUACACAUCGUACAGAGUAAUCAUUGUUAUUGUAUCUUUUGUCAUAUGUCAAUAAAUAGUCAAAAUACUUUUUGAAUUAAUAAAAACACCUUACAUUCGGUUACCUUUUUGCCAUUGUGUUUUCCUAACACAUGUACGUACCCUUCAUCUCAUUUGUUUUUAUCAUUUUUUUUCAUUGUAGAAGAAACUGAGUAUGCGACAGAGAACUCAAUAAAAUGUAUAACACAAUCCAGAAUCGCUUUAUUUUUCUGUGAUAUGUGAUAUAAGAAGUCCGUGGUCAUUUCAUAAUCAAGAGAAAGGGUGCCUAUGACAGGAAAAAGAGGUAACCCGUGUUGCUGAGAAACCGAAAGUUAGAUGUCUUUAUUAAUCUAAAAUGAAGGUUUGACUAUUCAUUUAAAAUGUGUCCAAAUAUAAUAUAAAAAUCACUACACGUAAAAUGUAUGAUGUGUAAAUAAUCUGUCAUUGGUUCCGUGGUAUAAUUCCUUUUCCACUCGACAUACCACUUUUUAUCAGAAGAGAUGUCUGUAUGUCGCCUAAUUGUUUUCAGCAGAGAAUGAUUUGUGUAUCUGCAAAAAGGCUACCGUUAUAGGAGGGGAGCGCAAAGAAGGGAAUGAUAUGGAUAUGCACCGGGUGAUGGCUCGGAAAAGAACACUUGCCUUUUAUGUUUCGGUUAAUACAAUUAUAAGUAAUUUUCUUUUUAACCAUAUAUGCUUUAUUCAAUGUAUUACUUUAGUUUCAUAACAUGAAAAGCUAACAUUUCACAACAGGUGUCCAUCUUCAAAACAGUUUUAAAUGACGAAUGGAUCAAACACAAAUGGAGACAUUUGAAUCGAAGAGCAUUGAUAUAACAAGAGGACAUGAACUCUACCUCAGCCAUGUUUUAAUGUUAGAACAAUCUUUGCCUGUUGCACUCAAGGCCAUUUUAAAAAGGGAAAUUGAAAAAUGUGGAAAAGAUAUGGCAAAUUUAUUACAUGAAAAAAGAGUGAUAUUAAAAGAGCAGUACGAAAGAGAGUAUCUUCAACUUUUUCAAGAUGACAAAGUCAAUACAAACAUUGACAGUUGGGAUACUCGCCAGUUUUGUGCUGUGACAUUGGUCUUGUUUAAAUCAGAUCUUACUGAUCUGGAGGUUAAAGCUAUACAAUGUUUAUAUGAUCAGAGAAAAGACAUUGAGAAUUACGCCGAAUGUGCUUCCUUAACAUACAAUAUCUACAACGAAAAACACAAUUUAUUGCACGAGCAAUUACUCGAGCUAAUUAAACUUAUAGAUGACAAAGCUAAUUAUGAUUGUAAACGUAUGAUGUAUUCAAUUGAACCAAAGUCAAUAAAAUUAAAUGAAAGGCUAAUAGGAAAACUGAAACAUACAAAAGAUUUCAAAACUCAUCUACAAAUAGCAGUAGAAGCUAAAUUGGUAACAAAGAACGACAUUUCUGAGGAAGAAAACAAUAAAAAACUUCAGACAAUAAGCCAAAUGUUCACUGAAGAACUUCAGAACAAAAAUGUCUACAUCAAUGAUUCAGCUAUUUUGACAUGUAAACUCAACAUUCCAACAGAUGAAAAUGUUGAGUGGAGGAAAGAUUACAAGCCGGUUGAAACUUCAAACAAUUUAAUGGUCAUGAGCAAGAAUGGCAAUCAUUGGUUAGCGAUUUCCCGUGCAUCAUUGGAAGAUAUGGGCAAAUAUUCUUGUGAAUGUGGCAAUAUUUCAACAUCUGCUGAACUAACUGUUACAGAUGAAACAUUGAAUUUGGUCGUUGAUUUGCCGGACAAGCCCGAAGUAAUUGAGCAUAGAAACAUCGAUAUCGAGUGUAAAGUUAACCUACUAACGAGUAAAGCAGUUUGGCGACACAAUGGGAAUCUUUUAGAAUCAUCUGAUAAAUACGUUAUACAAGCAAAGGGAACUACACACAAAUUGACGGUCAUGAAUGUAACAUUUCAAGAUGAGGGUGAAUACACAGUGAACUUUGGAAAAGUCUUAUCUCAAACAACGUUGGUAGUACAAGGUGAUAAAGACCUUUUACACAGAACUCAACUAAUAGAGGAGCUAUACAGAAAUUGGGUAAGAGGGGCUCUGGCACUAAAAUAUCUGAAAACCGGUUUAGAGGGAUUUUUCGACAGCGCUGUGAAGAGUCAACAUGAUGAUAUAAUGUCAGCACUAGGAGGCGCUUGUAAUUCUUGUACAAAGGAAAGUCUUAUUCCUCAUAAACAAAAUGCAUGUCCAAACCAAAAGAAGCAUUUAUGUCUAUGUACCAAGAAUCAAAGAAAUAAAUUGACAAAAAUGUGUCCCAAUGGAGGAUUUUGUGGCAAAUUCUAUGAUCGAAUAGUUUGUGAUCAUCGUUUUCGUGACCCAUUAAUUGCAAACACGGAUGUCCGGAAAUGGAGCACUGAGCCUUGGAGUGUUGCUACAUGUUUUGUAAAUACUACUGGCUACGAAGACAAACAAUCAGCUAAGUCUACUAAGUUUAUUUAUAAACAAUAUUUACAUAGUAAAGAAGCACGAGAAGUGCGAAAUGAUAUUCUUCACAAUCCAAACUAUGAACUGUCUGAGAAUCAACUUAACAAGUAUAUAAAGACAUUUAAGGAAGUACUAGAAAUCAAAGACAAUCAUGGCAAUACACCUCUGAAAGACGAGCCAGGCGUAGAAGAAGCGUUACAUUUACUAGAUAUGGUGCAGAAAAAUCAGAUUGAGAUAAAGCUUGAACAUAAGGGGCGACAGCUAAGAGAGCACGGAAUGUCUAGAUUAGAAGAGAAAUACCAAUCAGCAAAACAACAGCAUGAAUUGAAACUUAAACUGAUGGAGCGACAGAUAAAAGAGCACUUCUUGCUCGAUCUACAGAUAAAAGUUAUUGCUAAAAAUGGUGAAAAAAGUGCUGAAGGGAAUCAACGAGUUUAUGAAGUAAUGAGAGACUAUAUUAAAGAUAAAGAUGAUAUGACUGGUUCGCCUUAG